AUCGGAUGAUCUAAUCAUAAUCUCUGCUCUACUUCAGACUCAAUUGUAUAAAUUUAAGUGUGGGGGUUGACAAAUAUAUAUUUUACAAGGUAAAAAAAGGGGAAUGAUUAGACACAAGGGAUAAGGACAUUGGCAUGGAAGCUAAAGCUAGGACAAGUUCAUUACAUGCUUAAAGAAGAAGCUUUCCUCAAAUUAUCAAAAGGGUUGUAGUUUUGUUUCUUUUUCAGGUUGAUGAGUGAUAGUAGUUUCUUCAGAGUGUUGAAGAAUCUUUCUUCAUAAGCUUAUUGGUUGAAGUCUUGAAGCAUUUUGGGGGCUGGAUCUCUUUCCUGUCAGCUUUCUGAAUUCGGAAACUCAAAUACAGAAGAACUUGACAGAGUUCUGAUCUGUGGUCAAGAAAUCGGAGGAUAGUCUUUUAUGGUCACUAUAUGAAAGCUCACCGGAAGUUUGGGGCAUGUUAUUCAAGCAUGGUGUGCUGACCAGAUAACUUUUACAAAGGGAGUUAGAAAUUUGUAGUAAAGAGGUUUUAGACAUGAAGUUUAUGAAAAUUGGAUCUCGGGCAGAUACUUUUUAUACUACUGAGGGUGUAAGGUCAGUCUCCUCAGAGAUCUUUAGCGAUCUUAUGGUGCAAGUCGAAGGAACUAGAUAUAGGCUUCACAAGUUUCCUCUUCUGUCAAAGUGUUUGCAUCUUCAGCGGUUAUGCUCCGAGUCACCUGAAUCUUCAUCAAAACAAGUUCUCCUACUUCCAGACUUCCCCGGUGGAGCUGAGGCUUUUGAAUUAUGUGCAAAGUUUUGCUAUGGUAUCGCUAUAACUAUCAGUGCCUACAAUAUUGUAUCAGCUCGAUGUGCUGCUGAAUAUCUACACAUGACUGAGGAUGUUGAAAAGGGUAACUUGAUUCAUAAACUAGAAGUUUUCCUCAAUUCUUGUGUACUUAAUGGAUGGAAGGACUCUAUUGUGACCCUACAAAGCACCAAAGCGUUCGAAGCGUGGGCAGAAGACCUUGGUAUCACUAGCAGAUGCAUCGAAGCUAUUGUUUCAAAAGUUCUUUCCAAUCCCUCGAAGGUGAAUUUGUCACACAGUUAUUCGAGAAGAGGUAAGGAUGAUACUUUGUCAUGUAAUGGAGCAGAAAAUAGGUCUAAAAAUAUGAGCAAGAGCUGGUGGGCUGAAGAUGUUGCAGAGUUGGGCAUCGAUUUUUAUUGGAGAACAAUGAUAGCCAUAAAAUCUAGUGGGAAAAUUCCCUCUAAUAUUGUUGGGGAUGCAUUGCGGAUAUAUGCUUCUCGAUGGCUGCCGCAGAUAUCAAAAGCCUUGAACAAUGAGAAGCAAGAUACAAUUGCCCGCGAGUCUGAUUCAGUUGCAGAAGUAGCCUUAAAAAAUAGAUUUUUCAUAGAAUCACUAAUCAACUUGCUUCCAGUUGACAAAAAUGCUGUUUCUUGCAGCUUCUUGCUUAAACUUUUGAAGGCAGCCAAUAUACUUAAAGUUUCUUCGUCGUCAAUGGCAGAAUUGGCUAAAAGAAUUGGAAUGCAAUUAGAGGAAGCAACAGUCAGUGAUCUUCUAAUUCCCAAUAUGUCGAAUACAUGCAAAGAGCAAUAUGAUGUUGGCAUAGUUAUUGACAUCUUAGAUCAUUUCAUACAAGGGCAGAGUCCCCAAACUAGUCCUUCAAGAGCUAGGGGGAAUUUUCAUAGGAGGAGGUCUCGUUCGGCUGAAAACCUUUCUGAGCUUCAGGAAAGUAGGAGGUCAUCUUCAGCAUCUCAUGGCUCUAAACUGAGAGUUGCAAGGCUUAUGGAUGGGUAUCUGCAGGUGGUUGCUUGUGACGUUAAUUUGGAACUUUUAAAGUUUAUCGCAAUUGCUGAGGCUAUUCCUGAGUUUGCAAGACUCAGUCAUGAUGAUCUGUACAGAGCUAUUGACAUCUAUCUCAAGGGACAUCCAGAGCUCAAUAAGAGUGGACGGAAGCGUCUAUGCCGAGUUCUGGAUUGCAAAAAGUUAUCAAUAGAAGCCUGCACACAUGCAGCACAGAACGAAUUGCUCCCACUUCGUGUAGUAGUUCAAGUCCUCUUCUUUGAGCAAGCUCGAGCUGCUGUAGCUACUGGCCAAAUGAUUACUCUUCCUAGCAAUAUCAAGGCCCUUCUAGCUGCACAUGAUGAUCCAUCUAGGCUCCUCAAUUCAUUAAUCAGUAACAAAACUUUGCCACCAGAUGACCAGUGGAGCGUUUCAGGCCUUAAAACACCAAAUUCUAGUAUCUCUACUCUAAAAACGAAACCUGCAGAAAACGAUGGCUCAAACAAAAACUACAGGGAUGGAACCGGAAAAUCAUCUCGAGUAAAAUCAAACACUUCACUUCCAAGUCGAUCAAGAACAAUGUUCAGUAGGCUGUGGCCCAUCCACAGGCAUGGAAGCGAAAAAACUUAACUUAUAUUUAAUUUCUAGCUCUUAAACUGGUGGCCAUCAUUGUCCUGUUUUCCAUUUUCAUUGUUCUUGUAAUGGUUAGAGAAAACGGAUAAUUUACUGUGCAUUGUUGGUGUAAUCUUUGUUAAUAAUGGAAGAGCAGUACCAGAUAACAAGAGAUAAAUCUUUAAGGUG